ACGGCGUUGUGAAUUUCGAUGAUAUAGUGACAAAAUCCGAAAAUCUUAAAGAGGAAUCCGAUACUAACGAUGAUAAAAAUAGAUUCGAUGGAGAGGUAAAAGAAAUGGUUGUACAAACUGAUGUUAAUAAGUCGAAAUGGGAUAUUUUCAAAGCCAGGCUCUUUGAAAUCCCUAAGCAACCCAAACCGGCGUACAAAGAAUAUCAAGAUAAGAUGCUCGUUAAACGCCCUUGGAUGAAAAAAAGAGACAUUGAUUAUUUACACAAAUUACUUUCGAAUUCUAAAUCGGAAUUAGGAUAUAAAGUAAUGAAGCACAUUAUCAACUUUAAUGUCUAUAAAAAUUUUACAGAUGAACAAAAAUCGAGACUUUUGAAACUUUUGCCACGAUGCGAAUUAGUUCCGAUUGCAAGUGAAUCUGGUGAACCCAUUGAUACUCCACGAAUCGAAAGAGAGCGACAGGCUCAGGGAUUAAAACUAUAUGAGGCUGGUGUAACUGAAACUGUUACUGAUAUCGAUUCAACCAAGGUUGUUCCACGCUUUGAUUUUUGGCUUUCUGACGCUUUUAAGGAUGCUAGGUGGUGGUUUCAAUUAAGUCUUAGAUAUGGUUAUUUUUCAAGAAUAGGUGUAGAUAGUCAAUGGAACAAUUUGGAAAAAUUUAAGACCGAAGUUCCUAAUUGUUGGAAAAAUGAUGCCUUUGAACAGGAUUGGGGAAUUGGUCUAUGGGGAAAAAUGGCAAAUAAACAAGCUCGAAUCAUUAGACCUAAUGAUAUUUUAAAAUACAAACGUCUAUUCAAAAGUCUUGGCAUCACUGUUAAUAUGGAUUUGAAGAUUAUAUCAGUAAAUGAAUCUAACGGCCAUCUUCAAAUUAUGUUAAUGAAAGAAGAUAAGAGUAAGAUAAUCGAUGAAGUUCAUAACCCGACUCGAUUAGAACAUGAGCUUCUUGAUUGGGAUGGUCAAGUGCCAAGACAAUCACGUCCUAACGGCAAUGCAUUUAAAAACUUCACAAUCCAAAGAUCUCCAGAUUAUACACCUAGUUUAUUUGAAGCGAGAAAAGAAUAUUGGGCGAAAAAUUCAUAA